GCCCUCUACUAGGUACUCGCACUGACUGCCCGACCGACCUGUCAUCUUGCGACUCCACCCCCAGUCAUUGAUAUUGAUGCCGGCCCGGACUGGAAUGACACCGAACCGUCUGGGAUCGCUGGAUGUCGCCGCUCAGGCGCACACGACUAUCCUUAGUGGAGCUGCAGUAGCUGGUCCAUUGUCCUCAUCAUAGCAUCGCUUCGGACGAGGCCCGCCAAUCUCCGCCCUGUGAGACUCUGGUCGACAGCGGCCAGGGAGUCAUGUCAUCUGCCAGGAACAGCGAUGUCUCGUCCGUGUCGUCGGCCACUGCCAGACGACCGCGGAGGAGCAUCUUCGCACUUGCCGGCCUGCGCUCGAGCAUCGACCUGCCAAACGACACCAAAAAUCAUCAUGGCAGUCCCGCGGGCAAGACGUCCAAGACUGCGAGCAAACUGAGCAAGAAGCAGAAGCACCUACGCGCGCCGAGUGUGUUCACGGACCCGCACCAGCCCGAUGCGGCUCGUGACGACAGCAAGGGUGUGCCGGUGUUGGACCAACCACGAUCACAGUCACAGUCGAGGCCCUCGUUCAGCAUGAGGUCCUCGAAGCGGCCGCCCUCCGUCUUCGAGUCGCUGAAGACCAGCCUGACGAGAGGCAGCUCCGAGGACUUGUUGAGCAUGGCCUACACCACCGCCGAGCCGCUCUCCACCACAUCGUCGAAAGCACCCUCAUUGGUCUUUGACCAUACACACGAAGCCAACGGCGGCGUUUCGCCCGGUCCCUCCCGGAAUGUGCUGCUCCAUGGCGAGGUGCAGACCAGCGCGGGCAUGUUCAGAAAGAAGAAGGAAUACCUCGUGCUGACGGAGCAUGCUCUCUUGCGGUAUAAGACACAAGCAAAGGCAGCGGAGCAUUUCAGGACAAUACCGAGCGCGGCAGGUCGCAGUCCCGUCCAGCGACAUGGCUCCAUGCCGUCUGGCGGAUCGUACAGCGACCUGCAGACAGUCUCAGACUCGUCGGGCGACAAAGAUGGCCGUGUCCCAUUGCGGCAGAUUGUCGCCACGCAGAAGCUGGACGACGGGAAGCCCUACUUUGCCCUCGAAGUUGCCUAUCUGGACGAUGAUUCGGGUUCGGCGUCGGUCAUGACGUUACAAUUCAGCAAUCCCGAGGAAAGAGAUGGCUGGCUGGUGCGCAUACGGAGUGUCGCGAACGAGGUCAGACUACGUGAUACCACCUUCAUAUCCCCGCACAACUUGGAGAAUGCAGCUCGGAUCGUGGAACGAGACAAUGACUACGAUCCUUCGAACUGCGCUAUAUAUAAGGUGGUACAACGCCAGCCCGCAGUCAAGUCGGGUAGCAGAUCAUCGUCGGACGACUUGACGAAGGUGGCGUCGACCGUCUGCUUUCUUGCCAUUGGUGUGCAUAAAGUACAUCUGAUCCAGCUGAUGAAGCCGGUGGCCCGCACCUCGAGUCCCAGUCUCACACCUAACCUUUCUCAGGCAUCAUAUGGCAUCCUGACGUUAAUUGGAGUCAAAGUGGGCGUCGAAGAUGACACCUUUGAGCUAGUCUUUCGCCAGCCUUUGCAGAAGCCCCGAAUUCUUCAUCUGGCUUCUGCCUCAUCGUUCGAGAUUGCCGCCCGCUUACACUGGUCCGAGAACUUCCUGCGCCCGGAGUGUGGCUAUCGAUUGUUCAAGUUUAAAGUACCGACCGAGGUGGAUGACCUGCUUCUCCCUCCCGCCGCUGCCGAUGUGGAAGAACAUGGAUGCCUCGAUCGGACGUUAAUCGCGUACUGCGUAGCCUACGGGGUGAAUCCUUCCAAUAUCCGCUAUACGAUCAACUAUGACUGUGAAGAUGGGCCCCGAUUUGAGCUCCUCACUCCGGGAGACUCGCGGCGACCCAGCUAUGGGCCACUCGAGCUGCUGGCGAUCAUGCGUGCCAUCCGGUACAACGAGAGCUUUGGCAGUAUAUCAUUUGCUGGUGUCCUCCUCGAUUCGCUGAACGGCCUACAUGACCAUUAUGGCAACGAGCAUGUGUGCACGCGUACCAAACGAGGCACACCGAUCAAGCUCACUGCAGAUGAACUCACCCGAUCCUCUCUUCUGGUGCAAGAAGUUCGCGCAAUUGCCGCCACGAGCAAGAAGCUACGGCGGAUGGAUUUCUCCGGCUGUGUCACAUCGAAGCACUCCACCGUGGAAGGCGAUGACGAGCUCGCGCGCGAUCGAGACAUUGGAAGUGGAGUCGUGGAAGCUCUGUUUCCGUUAUGCAAGCAUCAAACCACCAAUGUGGAUUGGAUAUGCUUGAACGGCAUCGAGCUGAGCGAGACGGAUCAAGACUACCUGGUUGGGGCAGCAGUGGAUAAAUCGUGUCACUUUCGCGCCAUUGAGCUCAACCGUUGUGGGCUCAAUGAUCGGAGCUUGGGCCUCAUCCUGGACGCCCUACGCACACAGGAUAAUACUCUCGAGUCGUUGGAAAUUGCAGGCAACGCGGCUCGCCUGAGCCCCACCUCUUUUGACAGUCAGCUUGGCAUGUUUGGCUUCAUCCGGAAGCUCAAUCUAUCCAACGUCUCGAGAACGUCGGGAGCAGAACCAUUCAUCCAAGCGGAGACUCUCUUAAUAUGGCGUCUCCAAGAGCUACGGCUGACGGGAACCAGCUUGAAUGCAGCCACCAUUGACGCGAUUUCCACCUACCUGGCUCACCCUCAGUCCACGAGUCUACACGAGCUCUAUCUGGACAAUACAUACCUUUCCGGCCAUGAUGUCGCCACAUUACUGCACAGCAUGUCAUGGGACAGUAAGACCACACGGGAUAUGCAUCUCGACAUCGGCCAGUGCAUUCUCAGCAAAGGUCUGGAAAAGGUCACCCAAGCCAUCUCCAGCAAUCUCACGCCCUCACAAUUAAGCAUGCGGGCCAUCGAGUACAAAGAGCAGUCGCACUUCCAGAAGGUCCUCAAGGCAAUCACCAAGAACAAGACCAUUCGUUGCCUGGACAUGUCGCAGUCCGCUCUCCCCGGCGACGCGAGUGAAGAGACCUGUGAGGCCAUUACCCGUCUCUUGACAGAGAACAACACUCUUGUGGAAUUGGACAUGUCCGGAGAUGAUUCCAGGCUCGCCACAUCGAGAUUUGGUCCGGGAAUCAAUGACGCGCUUACGGGCUUGAAAGACAACAAGUCUCUGCAGGUAUUCAAGAUCGAAAAGCAAAAGCUUGGCAUACGCGGUGCGAGCACUCUCGCGGAAGUGUUGCGUGUGAACCGCACCCUACUGGAGCUUCAUUGUGACAACAACGAGAUUCCACUGCAUGGUCUCACUGACCUGGUCAAUGCGUUGACAGACAACACUGUACUGGUACAUUUGCCGACCAUGAACGAUGGACGAUCAGCGGCUUUUCGGGCGGCGGAGGCUACCAUGAGGACCAUGUCCGACAUUGAGCCUUCCCGGCCGCAGACGGGAGGAAAGGGUUCUCAUCUGCCAUCUUCGUCGGUACGGAAGAGCUUUGCGAGCGUGCGCAAAACGACGUCCCGAGCAGCCUCGAACUAUACGCCGUCCUUCCCAGCUCUGGGAUCGUACGGCAGACCAACACCAGUGUCGGAAAGUCGGAAUGCUUCACACUUGUCCCUGGCCUUGCCGGCGCAUAAGAAAGGCCACGGCUCAUCGCCAUCCACUAGCCAAUUUGCGCCCUUCACGGUACAGGAUGUACAAACGACCCAUCGGUUGCUUACAGAACAGUGGGAGCGGCAAUGCUAUCGACUAGAACAGUAUCUCCAUCGCAACUGGUGCCUGCUCAACAACGUGCCGGUGAAGAUGGAAAUCGAAGAUGAGAAGUUCGAGAGACCCAGCUCGGUCGGCAGCAUCGGUAAGAUGCUGGAGCAAGUCAAGUACGAUACGACACCAAAGGCAGAUCUCGAGCCGAGAGUGGGUUACUUUGACUCACCACAAGACGCUCCUUCUGAGCAGUCUGUCGACUUCCCUACUCCCCGGAGGCCAGCGGCAUCCACAGCAGGGGGACCGCCUCAGAUCUCUCCCAUCGAUGAAAGCAAGCAUGGCAUGAGCUUCAAGCACUUUGUGUUUGACGGCAGUGGCAGUCCACUGAGUUCUGUUCUUCCAAGUGACGACGAGCAGUUCCGGUCCAUCAGUGGAAACAUGCGAGAUCUACGCAUCGACACUACGAUUGGCGACGAUGGCCCUCGGACGCCCACGCAGAGUGCGUUUGCUGCAGUCGGUGGUGGUCCGACUUAGGAAUUUGGGACUGCUGGCGAUGAUGAAAAAUAUCCUGCGUUGGCGAGGUUCUGGUAUUUCAUGUAAAAACAUCAUUUUCCCGGUCAGCGUUUUGGGAGGCGGUGGGAUUGGAUCACGGAAGAAAGCAAGAACUGGUCUCUUUGUUGGGUUACUCGGGAGGAGAGCGAAAUUGCUCGAAUUGUGUAGGUGUUGUGUGGCGGGGUGACCUGGAUAUGUGUCCGCUGUAAAAAUCGCAUUGGUCGGACGGAGACUCUCGUGUGUUCCAUUAUGGAGAGGGAAAAAAAGGAGGUUCGUUUGUUUGGAUGUGGUUACCUUUACUUGGGCAUUCAUUCAUUCCCAUCACCGAAAGUCCAUCCAUUAUCAUUAUCGAAACAAGAAAUAUCCAUCACUCUGUGGAUCACACACACAGUGUGCUAGCUAGCAGUACGCUGUAUUAUUAGGCAGUUUUUGUGUAUUACUGUAAUUACAAAGAAAUGGGAAAUUGGGAAAUGGGAAAUGGGACAGUGAGCGAGUGAGUUGAGGUCCAUAAGUAGAUGGCGUGAAUCGGAUGCUGGAACGAGUUAGAAGUAGAAACAGAAGAGGCAGUAGAAAGAAGCAGUAGAAGUAAAAAGAAGUACAUAUAGUAGUAGUAAUAGAGAAACAUACC